AUGCUGCUGGUCUGGAGUGGGGUGACCACCUGCCUCCUGUUGCUCUCCAUCGCUGGAGCCUUCAAUGUCUCUCACAGGUGCAUGCAGGACACCCGCAUGUUUCUUCUGGAGCUCAGCAAAGACAAACCAGCCAAGUAUGCAGCGCUCAUGUAUGAUGCGUUUGGGAAGCUGGGCAGUGAUGUGAGAGGCGGUAACGUGAACAGGCCUGGCUCUCUACGCGAGUGCCUGUCGGUCGGGGCUCCAGGCUUCAGAGGGCAGCACUGCCAGGUCUUCCUCAAGCAGGAGGAAGUUCAGUACUUUGUUGGGAUCUGUGUUCCUGACUCAUGCACGGAGGCAGAUGUGCAGACUCUGGUAGUUUAUGAUAUGCUACAAUCGAGAGGAGAGUCUCUGAUACCCGCGGUGCCAUCUCCACUUCUGUCGGACUCCACGCUGGGCAUCUACAUGACCCAGUGCCUCAGUGCCCACAGGACCCCGCCUGACCCCUCCGCUGUCAUCAGUCUGUUUGUGUGCGCUGUGCUGGUGAGCGUGCCCUUGGUGGCCAGCCUUUACGUGGCCCUUCUCAGGUUGAAGCGCCAGAGGGCAGUCACUCCCAGCCCUGACAUGACCCUCACCUCUGACCCCAGUCGCUAUGGCAGCCUGCUCUCCAACGGCUCUCCAGCCAGUCAAGCAGACAGUGGCAGCCCUGAUGACAGCACCACACACUCAGACGGCAAAGCCAGUGAGGACAGCAACACAAAGAGUUGCUUCUUGUCCUGCCUGCAGAGCAUCUCCCUGCAGGACAGCAGUGCAGGAGUCCUGAGCACGGGCUCAGGCAGCGCCGACAGCUACUCCUCCCUCAACGGCAUCCGCAUCCUCAGCCUGCUCUGGAUCAUCUCAGGACACAACGUGCAGCUCAGCGCAUGGAACAACCUGGAUAAUGAUAAGCGCUGGAAAGAGAGUGUGGAGAGGAACCCUCUGUAUGUGUUUGCAUUCAGUGGUCCAGUGUAUCUGGCCGUGGACACCUUCCUGCUCCUGGGAGGUCUAUUGAGUGCCAAGUCCCUUUUGGCCUCCAUUCAGAGAUCAGAGGAUCAACUGAGUGCAGGACUUGUGACCCAUUUCCUGUUCAAGAGGUUUAAGAGAGUUCAGCCUCUCCACCUGUUCAUCGUGUGCCUGGCCAUCGGCCUUUUCUCUGUGGUCCAGCGAGGGGCUUUCUGGUUCAUCGCUGAGGACGAGAUCCUGAACUGUAAGAAGUACUGGUGGUCCAACCUGCUGCUGGUGAACAACCUCUUCACCACCACUGACAUAUGUGCACCAUGGACCUGGUACCUGUCCAUUGACUUUCAGUUCUACAUCACCACCCCUAUACUCAUACUUCUAUACAGAUGGAACAAGAGGGUGCUUGCAGCUGUGGCGGUCCUUCUCAUGGCGCUGACAUGCUUGACCAGUGCCCUCCUCACCGCCAUCUUGCAUCUGCCCGUCCACCAGCCCACCACCCUAUCGUUUGAGAGCUACUUUCAGUAUUAUUACAACAAACCCUACACUAGAUAUGGACCCUAUCUGGUCGGCAUCCUUGCGGGAAUCUACAUGACAACCAAAAGUGGACCCUUUGUGAGACAUCGGUGGCAGGCAGGUCUGGGCUGGUUCUCCUCUCUCUCUGUGAUGAUGGCUGUGGUGGGCCUGGCCUAUAGCCUGAGGGAAGUUCCCCCAGGACCCUCCCUGCCCCAUGCCAUCUACCAGGGGGUUCACCGCACCCUGUGGGCCCUGGUGGUGGCCUGGAUCAUCCUGGCCUGUGAGGAGGGCUAUGGAGGGUUUGUGGACAGGAUUCUGUCUCUCAGAGUGUGGAUCCCUCUGUCCAACAUCAGCUUCGCCUGCUAUCUCAUCCACCCCAUGCUCAUCAUUCUCUACAAUGGCAAACGGGAGACGGCCAUUCACUACACGGACCUCAACUUUUUCUACCUGUUCCUGGGCCACACUGCGCUGACCCUCUCUCUGGGCUACUUGCUGACCGUUCUGAUUGAGAAGCCGUACCUCUUCCUGAAGGGCAGCCAUGGGAAGCCUCACUGA